AUGGAAGAUCUUUGGACAGUGUUUUGCGAGGCAUCUGAUUGUUUGGACAGCAAUGAUAUCCCUUGUGGUGUUUCUUUGAUCUUCAUGACAUGCCCUUCUUCAUGUAUCAAUCACGUGUUAGUAAUUUGUUUCGAUAUUCUACUCGUUAUCACGUUUUUGUUCUCUUUGUUCUCCAAGACAGCAUUAAAAUCUCAUCAUACGCCUGCCUUUCGUCGCAUUUCAAAUUUGCGACUGAUUUCAGCCAUUUAUAAUGGUUUCAUUGGAGUGAUUAAUUUGUCUCUAGGAAUUUGGAUUUUAGAAGAGAACUUGAGGAAAACUCAAGCUUUUCUACCUCUAAAUUGGUGGAUAAUGUUCAUGAUUCAUGGACUAGUAUGGUUGUUGAUUGGCUUAUUUGUGAGCCUUAUGGGAUGGCAUUUUCCAAGGACGCUGUUGAGGACGUUGUCCAUUCUAACUUUCCUGUUUGCUGGAAUUAAUUGUGGUUUUUCACUUUAUCUUGUUAUUCUUGAAAAGGAGAUGUUGAUCAAGAUAGUUUUAGAUAUAUUGUGUUUUAUAGGAUCUGGUUUGAUGUUAUUAUGUGCUUACAAGGGGUACAAAUACGAAGAUGGUGAAGAAAAUGAUAUUCUCACUCCAUUUGUUGCUGCUGCCAAUUGCAGCAGUAAAACUCGUCCUGUUACUCUAUUUUCCCAAACUGGCUUUUGGAGUAAAAUGUCGUUUUGGUGGUUGAAUCCAUUGAUGAAAAAGGGAAGGGAGAAAACUCUUGAUGAUGAGGAUUUACCUGAGUUGCACGAGGAUGAUAAAGCGCAGUCAUGUUACUUGCAAUUUGAGGAGAAAUCUAACAAACGUAAACAAAUAAAUCCAUCAGCUCAACCCUCAAUAUUAAAGACACUUCUGUUAUGCCACUGGAAAGAUGUAUUCAUUGCAGGGUUCUUUGCACUACUGAAGACUACUUCUCUCUCUGCUGGUCCUCUGCUUCUAAAUGCCUUCAUUAAGGUUGCUGAAGGUAAAGCCAGUUUUGAAUACGAGGGAUAUUCACUGGUUGGGUUACUUUUCUUUACUAAGAUAAUUGAAUCAUUAUCUCAAAGGCAGUGGUACUUCAGGAUGAGACUAAUUGGCCUAAAGGUGAGAUCUUUUCUCAUAGCAGCCGUUUACAAGAAGCAACUGAGAUUAUCUAAUGCUGCUAAGCUGAUGCAUUCAAAUGGUGAGAUAAUGAAUUAUGUCAAUGUUGAUGCAUAUCGGAUUGGAGAGUUUCCUUAUUGGUUCCAUCAAUCAUGGACACCAAUUCUCCAGCUUGGCCUUGCACUCAUUAUUCUCGUCCGUGCUAUAGGGUUUGCAACUAUUGCUUCCCUGGCAGUAAUAAUUCUCACCGUCAUUUGCAAUGUUCCCCUAGCAAAAUUACAGCACAAGUUUCAAUUGGGGCUCAUGGUGGCACAGGAUAAAAGACUGAAGGCUAUUUCAGAAGCUCUUGUGAACAUGAAGGUGUUGAAGUUAUAUACGUGGGAAACUCAUUUCAAGCACGUAAUACAAAAUUUGAGGGAAGUAGAAGAAAAAUGGUUAUCAUCUGUUCAGUCGUGCAAAGCAUAUAAUGUUUUCCUUUUCUGGUCAUCUCCGAUUUUAGUCUCUACAGCUACCUUUGGGGCAUGUUAUUUUCUUGGCAUCCCGUUAACUGCUAGUAACGUUUUCACGUUUGUAGCAACACUGCGUCUGAUUCAGGAUCCUAUUCGACUAAUUCCCGAUGUCAUUGGAGUGGUUAUUCAAGCUAAAGUUUCAUAUGCCAGGAUUGUGAAGUUUCUUGUAGCACCUGAGCUGGAAACUGCAAAUGUCAGGGUGAAGUCCAUUGUACGUGAUACAAAUCAUAGCAUUUUUAUUAAGUCGGCCGAUCUGUCAUGGAGUGAGAAUCAAUCGAAGCCAACAAUUAGAAACAUUAAUUUGGAGGUUAAACCAGGCGAGAAGAUUGCCAUCUGUGGAGAGGUGGGUUCCGGCAAGUCCACACUCCUUGCAGCAAUUCUUGGAGAGGUUCCAGUUACCCAAGGAACUGUCCAAGUGUACCAAUCUAUUGCCUAUGUCUCUCAAUCAGCAUGGAUUCAGACAGGAAGUAUUCGAGAAAACAUUCUCUUCGGAUCAGCAUUUAAUGACAAGAGAUAUCAAGAUACAAUAGAGAGGUGUUCGCUAGUAAAGGACUUUGAGUUGUUACCGUUUGGUGAUCUUACUGAAAUUGGAGAAAGAGGAGUCAAUCUUAGUGGUGGUCAGAAACAGAGGGUUCAACUUGCUCGUGCGCUGUAUCAGAAUGCUGAUAUAUAUCUUUUGGAUGAUCCUUUCAGUGCUGUUGAUGCACACACUGCCACAAGCCUCUUUAAUGAAUAUGUCAUGGGAGCCCUCUCAGGGAAGACUGUCUUACUUGUGACACAUCAAGUUGAUUUCAUUUCUUCAUUUGAUACUGUCUUGUUGAUGUCAGAUGGGGAAAUUUUGCAUGCUGGUCCUUAUUCUCAGUUGCUGUCCUCAAGCCAAAAAUUUUGGGACCUUGUUAAUGCACACAAAGAGACGGAUGUUUUGGAGAACGUUUCUUCAAAAAGGCAUGAAGCUUCUUCCGGAGAGAUUCGCAAAAUUUAUGCAGAGAAUAAAAAGGAAAAAUCUGGACAUGAUCAGUUGAUAAAGCAAGAAGAAAGGGAAGUUGGGGACACUGGAUUUAGGCCUUAUAUUCUGUAUUUAAAUCAUAACAAAGGCUUUUUGAUCUUCUUCUCGGCUGCUUUCUUUCAUGUUACAUUCUUGCUUGGUCAGAUAUUACAGAACUCUUGGAUGGCUGCAAAUGUUGAUGAUCCAAAUGUUAGCACAUUGAGGUUGAUAGUCGUUUACUUGCUGAUUGGAAUUGCAUCGAGUUUGUUUUUGCUCUGCAGGUCCCUCUUAAUGGUUGCUUUAGGCAAGAAAUCAUCGAAAUCAAUAUUUUCACAGCUACUAAAUUCUUUAUUUCGUGCCCCCAUGUCGUUUUAUGAUUCUACGCCUUUGGGAAGAAUACUGAACCGGGUCUCUUCCGAUUUGAGUCUCGUGGAUCUUGAUGUUCCCUUUGUCUUGAUGGUAGCCGUCGGAACAACUGCAAAUUUUUAUUCUAAUCUUGCUGUGGUAGCUGUUGCUACCUGGCAAGUUUUAUUUGUCUCCAUACCCAUGGUCUUUCUUGCUAUUUGCAUACAGAGGUACUACCUUUCAUCUGCUAAAGCAUUGAUGCGGAUCAAUGGCACCACUAAAUCUCUCGUAGCAAACCAUAUAGCUGAAUCUGUAGCUGGAGCAACUAUAAUAAGAGCUUUUGAAGAGGAAGAUCGUUUUUUCGCCAAGAACCUUGAACUCAUUGACACAAAUGCCAGUCCUUUCUUCCACAAUUUUGCUGCAAAUGAGUGGCUAAUCCAAAGGCUAGAAAUACUUGCUGCUGCCGUUCUUGCCUCCUCGGCUCUCUGCAUGGUUUUACUUCCCCCAGGAACUUUGAGCCCGGGUUUUGUCGGAAUGGCUUUAUCCUAUGGUCUGCCUCUAAGUACGUCCAUUGUAUUUUCGAUGCAAUUUCAAUGCCAGAUAUCAAACUUAAUUGUUUCCGUAGAAAGGAUCCACCAGUAUAUGGACAUACCAAGUGAGGCUCCUCCAGUUUUAGAAGAGAACCGUCCCCCUGUGAACUGGCCAUCCAAGGGUAAAGUGGAUAUUCAAGAUUUGCAGAUUAAAUAUAGGCAUGAUAUGCCACUUGUUCUACAUGGGAUUAGUUGCACAUUUGAAGGAGGACACAAAAUUGGUAUUGUUGGCCGAACUGGCAGUGGGAAGACUACUCUCAUCAGUGCCUUGUUUCGUCUGGUGGAGCCCGCGGGUGGGAAGAUCGUAGUGGAUGGAAUUGACAUCUCAACAAUCGGGCUUCAUGAUUUGAGGUCCCAUUUUGGGAUUAUACCUCAGGAUCCUACCCUUUUCAAUGGAACUGUGAGGUACAAUUUGGAUCCAUUGUCUCAACAUACUGACCAAGAAAUAUGGGAGGUACUCAGUAAGUGCCAGCUCAAAGAGGUCAUUGAAGAGAAAGACGAGGGCCUAGACUCUCUUGUUGCUGAAGAUGGAGCUAAUUGGAGCGUGGGGCAGCAACAAUUGUUUUGUUUGGGACGUGCUUUAUUAAGGAGAAGCAAGAUAUUAGUACUUGAUGAAGCGACUGCAUCAAUUGACAAUGCUACUGAUUACAUCUUACAGAAAACUAUUAGAACAGAAUUUGCUGAUUGUACUGUGAUAACGGUGGCCCAUAGAAUAUCAACAGUGGUGGAUUGUGCAAUGGUUCUUGCUAUCAGUGACGGGAAACUGGUGGAGUAUGACCAACCCAAGAAGUUAAUGGAGAGAGAAGAUUCGUUGUUUGGGCAGCUUCUCAAGGAAUACUGGGCUGACUAUCAUUCUUCUGAAUCACAUUGA